UGCUGGGAUGAUGUCUCUCACAGCUUGCUGUCCCUAAGCUCUUAUGCUACCAGAUUCAGAGAAAAUAUUAUGCAGAUCUGCAGGUUCAUCCGAAAUAAAGAGAAAAUGAUAAGACAGUGUCACAGUGAUCUGAUGUCAUCUAAAUCUACCCAAGAGCACACUUCAGGUUGUAGACAACCUCCAGCUGUCUUAAAAUUAAAUGAGGAAAAAGACACAUUUAUGUCAUCCAUCAAUAUGAGUAGAUGUGGGAGAUUUACUCAGGACUUGAAGGAAGAACAGCAGCAACUAAGAAGAAAGAUUAACAGCCGGGAAAGGAAAAGAAUGCAAGACUUGAACCUUGCAAUGGAUGCUCUGAGAGAAGUUAUCAUGCCAUAUUCAGCAACGCAUUGCCAGAGCUCACCAGGAAGGAAGCUUUCCAAGAUUGCAACACUUCUCUUGGCCAGGAAUUACAUUCUGUUGCUGGGUAGCUCACUUCAAGAGUUAAGGAGGAUCAUUGGGGACAUUAGUGGACCUGGGCCCAGAUUGCUUCUAGCAGGGUUGCCCAUCUUUGCAGCCCCAGGAUCUAUGUUUUUAACACCAGUAGCCAACAACAGUCCAGAUCCCCAGAGGUCCAACAAGUUUCAGCCUUUAUCCUUGGAGGAUCAACAAUGCUCAGCAUUUAAUUUGCCGGGAGGGACCAACCUUUGUACUUGCUCUAUUUGUCGGUUCACCCACUUCAUUCCUUCCAAUCUCAGCAUCAAAGGUGUGCAGUUUUCCAAAUAG